CCAUUGCCAUUCCUCUUUCUAGACAUCUCAAGCAAUUGCGCUGAACCUACAACGCCAUUUCAUUCCGAUAAUAUUUUGAUGUCACUUAGUUACCUACGCAAUUGCCCAAGUCUUCAGAACCAAUCUAAGUUCUCUAAAGUCCAAACUAACCAUCUCUUUUAUUCCUUCUUGAUCUCAAGUAUCUACCCUCCUACCAUGGUUGAUGCACUUGUUUCUGCAGUUUCACAACAAUUAACUGCGAUUCUUCUCCGAGAAGCUGAGUAUGGGGUGAGACUUUUUGAAGGUAUUAAGGAAGAAGAAGUCAAAAGGCUCAGCAGCACUCUUCAGACUAUUCGAGCUGUCCUCGUAGAUGCAGAGAAAAGACAACUGAAGGAGCAAGCUGUCAAAGUUUGGCUGGAUAAGUUUCAGAACGUGUCUUAUGACAUUGAGGAUGUGUUGGGUGAGUGGGAAAUUGCAAUUCUGAAAAUGAAAAUCGCGAGAGAUCAAAGCUCUUCAACUUCCAUCCUUCUAAGCAAGGUACGCUCUUGGAUUCACUCUCCAAUGUCUUGUAUUACCCGAGCCAUUCACCGUUAUGACAUUGCUGUUAAGAUUAAAAAACUAAAUGAAAGGCUUCAGGUCAUUGCCAAAGAGAAAGACGAUUAUGCUUUCACAGUUGAUCAAAGUAGGAGACAUGAUUUAGAACCUGAACGAGAACGACCAAUAACAACAUCCUUUAUUGAUGUAUCUGACAUACGUGGUCGUGACCGUGAUAAAAAUGUCCUAGUAAGCAUGUUGCUCAGCAAGAACAACCAUGAAGAAAGGGGCAUCCCUGUAAUAUCCAUAGUGGGGAUGGGAGGAAUUGGGAAAACAACUUUAGCCCAAAUAGCUUACAACGAUCAUAAGGUGAAGGCUUAUUUUGAUAAGAGAAUAUGGGUUUGUGUUUCUAACCCUUUUGAUGAGAUGAGGACUGCAAAAGCUAUUCUUGAAGCUCUAACAGGAGUUGUGUCAAAUUUCAUAGAGCUAAACACUUUACUAGAGCAAAUCCAUGAAUCUAUUAAGGGAGAGAGGUUCCUUCUCGUCUUAGAUGAUCUGUGGAGUGAAGAUGAGAGGAAGUGGCAAUCAUUGAAAUACUCUCUAAACUAUGGUUCCCAAGAAAGCAAAAUCUUGAUGACCACACGUAAGGAGAAUGUAGCUGCUAUCAUGGGUUGCAGCAAAUUAUUUCGUUUGGGGAAGUUAUCCAAAGAAGAAUCUUGGUCAUUAUUUAGUCACUUAGCAUUUUUUGGAAGGAAUGACAAAGAGCGUGAGAGUUUAGAAGACAUUGGUAUGAAAAUUGCGCAAAAGUGUCAGGGUUUGCCACUUGCAGCCAAAACUCUAGGAGGUCUCUUACGUUUUAAGAGAUCUAGAGAGCAAUGGCAAAGAAUGUUGAGCAGUCGCAUAUGGGAACUUGAGGAGGCUGAAAAUGGGCUUUUUUCUCCCUUACUGUUAAGCUAUUGUGAUUUGCCAUCGCCAUUAAGGCAAUGCUUCUCAUACUGUUCCAUUUUUCCAAAAGAUUAUAGAAUAGAGAAAGAUUUCUUGAUCAAGUCAUGGAUGGCUCAAGGCUUGCUUGGAGAGACGCAACAUAAAGAUGUGGAGACCAUUGGUGAAGAGUACUUUGAUAACUUAGUAAUACAUUCUUUCUUUCAAGAGUUUGUGAAGGAUGAACAUGACGAUAGCAUAAUCAGCUGCAAAAUGCAUGAUAUAGUGCAUGAUUUUGCUCAAUAUUUGAGAAGAAAUAAAAGCUUUCUGGUAGCAAGUAACAAUAUUGAAGAGUUAGAUAUAGAGUCUUACCAGGAAAAUGUCCGUCAUCUAACCCUAAUUCAUGAUGAACCUGUUGCAAUUCCCAAACCCAUUUUUAAUGUAAAGAAGUUGCGCAGCCUCCAUCUUAACUUCAACGAUAGUACAGCUGUUAGUGCAUCAAUGGCUAAAUUGUUGGAUCAGUUGACUUGUCUGAGGAUACUAAGCUUUAAAGACAUGAACUUUGGAUUCAAAACUUCAAUUAAAGCAAUUCCAAAGGAAAUAGGAAAAUUGAUGCAUUUGAGAUAUCUCAACUUAGAGGGUAGUAGUGAGUUGGAAAAAUUGCCUGAGACGGUGUGUGAUUUGUGCAACUUGCAAACUCUGAACAUCAAAUCGUGUAAAAAGCUUAUCAAAUUGCCCCGUAGAAUUGGACAGCUAAUCAACUUGAGGCAUCUUCAAAAUUUAGGUACAGAUAGAUGUAGAUUCAUACCAAAAGGAAUGCAAAGACUGACAUCUCUACGGACAUUAGAAGAGUUUGUUGUGAGCCGCAGUGAUGUUGAGAAUAAAUCAUGAAGCCUUGGAGAUUUGGGAAACUUCACCCAUCUUCGAGGGGAGCUUGAGAUAAGAGGAUUGGGAAAUGUGGCAGAACCAAGGGAGGCAAAGAAAGCUCGGCUUCGGACAAAGAGUGGCCUCCGCGUGUUGCGUCUAAAAUUUGAUUCCCAAGAGAUGCAACGGAUCAACAUUGAGGAUGAAAAUGUUGUAUUUGAAGCCUUGCAACCACCUCCACACCUGGAAAGUUUGGGUAUACUCAACUGUAGAGGUCCUGUUGCUUUCCCUAAUUGGAUGACUUCAUUGUCAAUGCUGAAGAAGGUUCAAUUACAGAAUUGCCUCAACUGGGAAAGCUUGCCUCCCAUGGGGAAGUUGCAGUCCCUUGAAUCUCUAGAGAUAGAGUUUUUGAAUAAAGUGAAAAAAGUGGGAGACGAAAUUUUGGGAGUAGAAACAGGACAGGGACAAACAUCUUCUUCAUCAUCUACUAAUAAUAAUAUUGCCUUCCCCGUAUUAAAAAGUCUCAAAUUUUAUUACAUGAAAGAGUGGGAAGAGUGGGAAUAUGGGAAUCUGUUGACAAGCACAAGCGAAGUAAUUAUGCCUCAUCUCCAUUCAUUAACAAUAAACUAUUGUCUAAAGUUGAAGGCGUUGCCUAGCCACCUGCUUCAUAAUACAACGCUGCGAGAAUUGCAUAUUAGAGGUUGCCCUGUUCUUGGGGCACGUUUUGAAAAGGGAAGAGGGGAGGAUUGGCCUUCCAUCUCCCACAUCCCUACCAUCCAAAUUGAUGAUGAAUUGGUUCUAGGCUAGGAUUUCUUAUGCUGUGGAUCAUACGUUUCGCAGAUGCAAUCUAUGCUCAGGGGAGGUUGCUACAAAUUGAAAUCUUGGAUGGUCAUAUAUUACUAUAUUAGACGUGAACGUUGUAAAAGAAAGUAUGGAUGUUGACAGAAAAUGAGAAAAUGCCAACCAAAUGCCAUGUUCAACAGCUUUAUUUUAAUGAAAGUCUCUAAAUUGAAUAGCUCGCAUUUUGUUAUAUGGAUAACAUUUCGCUUUACCAAAUGAUUUCAAGUUAUAUGAAGAGAAAGCUUUUCAGGCAUCACAACACUUUUAGGUACCUUUGUUUUUGCCAAGCAACACUUUUAGGUACCUGAUGAAGACACCAGAAAUGGAUAAACCAGUUUCAAUUUUUAAAGCAUUUGAGUUUUGAAGCCUUGUUUUUUAACUAUGCGCACUUGUUGUUAUAGGGACCUGCAUUGGAUUUCAAGGCAUCCAUUUCUCUGUGUCUCUAUGACUGAAGUGUUUCAUGAUGAGGAAAACUCAGAAAUAUGGGUUGUCACCGCCAAAAAAGGAAAAGAACUGUAUCUUGAUGUGUGUUCACUUCUCAGAUAUUGUGCUUGAAACUACUUGAUCCAUUGAGAGGAAAUACCGAUCAAUAUUAUCUGAAGAGCAGAUAUCUUAUCUAUCAUCUCAGCCUUCGCAGGCUCCAUCUUAUGAACUUCUUUGAUCUCAGUUGUAGCACCGGCUUUCUUCUUUUCUUCAAGGUGGUGCUUUUCAACAACAAAGGACCAGAUGUGUACCUAUGCUCUGUAAUUUCCUCAAUUUUUGUACAUUUCUUUCAUUUGGCUAUGCUGCUGAUUAAUGGGCUUUCAAUAAUUGUCAAGCACAAGUCCAAGAGAAAUGCCCCAAGCAUUGGCCUUAGACUUGUGAUUGACUGAUGAAGCAGGGGACUGUCAAAUAAGUUAUGAAGGAAAAACUCUAUAUCUGAAGUCACUGCAAUCUUGCAAAUAACUCCAGAUCUUGGUACUCUUGCCUUGGAAAGAACAAUCAUUGUAUUAAACGUCAUAUCUCAAGAUAACAUAAAGCAUUCCUUUCCGGGUAGAUAGUUGCAAUAUUCAAGCUGCUGCAUUCAGUACCAUUUGAGAUUCAAUUACAGUCAGCUUGACCUUUUGAGGAUUUUCAAAGGAAGUUGCUACUCAGGCAGCAGUUACGCAGGUUUAGAAAUAUUAUCUGUUUCUGAAG